ACAAGAACUUCCGAAACAAAGAUUUGUCAAAAAGGGGUACCCUAACUUUGGGGUCUAGCUAGCCGUCUAGCAAUAGAAAGCCUCAAUUCAAAAAAAGUAUUUAUCCUAAAUGAGACUAAAACAUUGUAUAAACUCCACAAUAGGACUUUAAGUUUAUUAUUCUCUAAAUAGGACUAAAGUUUACCCUUUUACCCCUGAAUCAAUUAAGCCUACAAGUCUACCCCUGCAAUUCAUCGCACCAGUACUCCCGUCGCCGGCUCUGCAAUUCAUCGCAGCACAUCUCUGCCUCCCAUGGACUACUGCUCCAUGGCCUCGCGUCACUGUUCUGACGUCCUGCACUCAUCUGCAACCAGGUAAGUCUUCCUCUUCCUCUUCCUCUUCCUCCUCCUCCUCCUCCUCCUCCUCUUCUUCUUCUUUCUAAUCCUCCUCAAAUUUCUGGCCCUCUAUUCUCUUCUUCUUUGGAUUUCAUGCAAUUGAAUUUUACUAAUUAAUUUGAAUUUUUUGGAUUUGAUUGUAUUUAUUCAGUAAAAUGUCACUGGUAUAAUAUGAGAAUGUCAAAAUUAUUGGUUAUUUGAAGAAAAAAAUGUCACGUUUGUGACAUUGUAUUUAUUAGGAUGUCAAUCUGAAAAUGUCACUUUUCUUUCGAAAAUGUCAUGAAAGUGACAAAGUAUCUUCCCUCCAGUGACUCUGUGCAAACCUCCAUGAGGAAUGCAACCUGAUAUGCGAGAAUGCCAUAAAAUGCUAUAAGAAUGACAUUUCCUUAUGGACAUAUGACAUUUUCAGACAUUUUUAGAUUGACAUCCUGAUAAAUAUACUGCCAAAAACGUGACAUUUUUUCUUCAAAUAACCAAUAAUUUUGACAUUCUCAUAUAAUAAAGUGGCAUUUUUGAAAAUAAUCAAAAUUAAUAGAUUAAUCUAGAAUCUUAAAAGUUCACAAAUUAGAAGAAAACAGAAAACCAGAAAAAAGAGGCCCAGGAAGAAGAACAAGAGAAAGAAGAUGAGGAGGAGAAGGAGGAGAAAGAAGGAAGAAGAAGAAGAAUGAGAAGGAGAUUACCUGGAAAAUUGCAGAAGGAGAGAUGCCCUGCUAUGGAAGUUUUCCAGCGUGAACAGAGCAUUGCGGCCAUGGAGGUUCCAGCAUGGGUGAUGAGUGCAGCUAUGGAGAUUCAAUUUUGCCAGUCCAUGGGAGGAUGGAUCCCAGCGCUGGUGUCGUGCGUCGCAAUGGAGGAUGUCGUGCGUCGCUGGUGUGCAUCGGUUAUUUAAUUAAGGGUAGUUUUGUCAGAUUACCUAUCUUUAGUCCUAUUUUUGUUAAAUAAAACAUAGUAGUCCUAUUUUUGCAAUUCUACCUUGUUUUAGUCUUAUUUAGUUAAAUCUCUCAUUCAAAAAAAGUGGAAAAGUAGCCACACAGUUUUACUUUAAUACUCCGUAGAACAUUGAUACGUCUGCCCCUACGAAAACAAGACAUUUGUAGCUUGGGUAUAAUUCGUAUGAUCGUCACCACCUUCCAAAGACAAAUAUAUACACACUAAAUAUUCAGAUCAGAGUCAUAGAUAUUGAUCGGCUAGAGAAUGAGAAUGGAAGUUUUAAAUAGUAAUAGAUCAUUAUCAUCAGACGAGAAGGGGGUGGAGACAGCGAUAGCAGGGAGUUAUGUUGAGAUGGAAAGAGUAGUAGAUGGGAAAGCUACGGUGGAGGAGGAGGUGGCGAACAUGAAGGCUAAGAUCUGGAGACUCUUCUGGCAUGGCGGCUCUGCUUAUGAUGCAUGGUUUAGUUGUGCUUCUAAUCAGGUGGCACAAGUGCUGCUGACGUUGCCAUACUCGUUUUCGCAGCUGGGGAUGGCGUCGGGCAUAGCAUUCCAACUCUUCUAUGGUGUGAUGGGAAGCUGGACGGCCUACCUCAUCACCACUCUCUAUCUCGAGUUCCGUUCUAGAAAAGAACGCCAAAAGCUCCUUGAUUUCCGCAAUUCUAAUAAUCACGUCAUUCAGUGGUUUGAAGUACUGGAUGGGCUGCUGGGAAAGCAUUGGAGAAACGUGGGUUUGGCCUUCAAUUGCACUUUUCUUCUCUUUGGCGCUGUCAUUCAGCUCAUCGCAUGUGCUAGCAACAUAUAUUACAUAAAUGAUAAGCUGGACAAGAGGAGUUGGACGUACAUAUUUGGAGCAUGCUGUGCGACGACGGUGUUCAUCCCUUCUUUCCACAACUAUCGGAUUUGGUCUUUUCUUGGGCUCUUGAUGACCUCUUACACCGCUUGGUACCUCACCCUCGCUUCCCUUCUCCAUGGCCAGGUGGAGGGGGUGAAGCACUCAGGACCAACGAAACUAGUUCUAUACUUUACAGGGGCAACCAACAUUCUUUACACCUUCGGCGGGCAUGCCGUCACUGUAGAGAUAAUGCACGCAAUGUGGAAGCCACAGAAGUUCAAAGCAAUAUACAUGUGGGCAACAUUGUAUGUGUUAACCCUAACUCUACCUUCAGCAGCAGCAGUGUAUUGGGCCUUUGGAGAUUUGCUGCUAGACCACUCCAAUGCCUUUUCUCUCCUCCCGAAGACGCCCUUCCGUGACGUGGCCGUCAUCCUCAUGCUCAUCCACCAGUUCAUUACCUUCGGGUUUGCCUCGACGCCCCUAUACUUUGUUUGGGAGAAGGCAAUAGGCAUCCACGGCUCGAAAACCGGCCUUUGCAAGCGGGCGUUCGCGAGAUUGCCCGUGGUCAUACCUAUUUGGUUCCUCGCCAUCGUCUUCCCUUUCUUCGGGCCCAUCAACUCCACCGUCGGGUCUCUUCUGGUUAGCUUCACCGUCUACAUCAUCCCAGCUCUUGCUCACAUCUUCACCUUCAAAUCACCGGAAGCUCGGGAGAAUGCGGUGGAGCAACCGCCGAAAUACUUGGGAAGAUGGGCCGGAGCAUAUACCAUAAACAUAUUCAUAGUGGUGUGGGUGGUCAUUGUUGGGUUUGGGUUUGGUGGGUGGGCAAGCAUGCUCAACUUCAUGCACCAAAUUGACACCUUUGGGCUCUUCACCAAGUGCUACCAAUGCCCUCACUCCGGUGCAGCCCCGCCUCCGCCGCCACUACACGCCUUCCUAAAUGCCACCGCUCCCUCGCCUGCCUAGCUAGCUAGCUCCACCGAUCAUCCCGCCGCCACCACCAACGGCCACCGCCAUUGAGUCAAUUUUAUUUCAUUUGUAUGACGAACGUACUUCCAUCGGUCACUGGGUCGUCGAUCUUACGAGCUAGUUAGGUACACUAAAUGGAGCUAGCUAGUUAUGACGAACGUACUUCAAUUCAAUUGUCCAUUUGCUAAAAUUUAUUAGGUGAAUUGUCCAAGGCCAAGCACUACGAACUUAAUAUAUGAGUGGGGAAACAUUUUUGUGAGUUGUUAUCCCAGAAAGCUUGAUUAUGUUAGGCUUAAAUAUAUUUCAUGUUACCACUUUUCUCACUUUCUAAAACUGAUACUAU